GGAUCAUCCGACCCGACCUGGAGACUUUUGUUGACUUUUGUGACCUUUUCCCCCUUCUUGACAUCCGUCUCUUGAUCUUUCGGUCUCCCGGUCACGCCCAUCGCUACUCCGCCCGUCACCGUCACACAAAAUGGACGAGAUCGUCAGCAAGCUUCAGCCCUACGCCAAGGAGAUUGGCGCCGCUCUCCUCGUCAUCCUUCUCGCCGUCCUCUUCCUCGGGGGCAAGAAGGUGGCCGAGCCGGUCCUCCACCCCACGGAGUGGCGCCAGUUCAAGCUGAUCAAGAAGACGCAGCUGACUCACAACACGGCUCGCUACCGCUUCGGCCUCCCCAAGGAGACUGACUGCCUCGGCCUCCCGAUCGGCCAGCACAUCUCGAUCCAGGCCAACAUCAACGGCAAGAAUGUCAUGCGCAGCUACACCCCCACCUCGCUCGACAACGACAAGGGCUACUUUGAGCUCGUGGUAAAGACCUACCCCCAGGGCAACAUCUCCAAAUACCUCGAUGGCCUCAAGAUCGGCGACUCGAUCCAGGUUCGUGGCCCCAAGGGCAAGUUCGUCUACGCCAAGGGCCUCUCCCCCCACCUCCUCAUGAUUGCAGGCGGUACCGGUAUUACCCCCAUGUUCCAGAUCAUCAAGAGCUCGCUUGCCGACCCUACCGACAACACCCAGCUCGCCCUCGUGUACGCCAACGUUGAGGAGACGGAUAUCCUUCUUCGCGAGGAGCUCGAAGACCUCGUUGCCCGCUCCAACGGCCGCCUCAAGGUCUACCAUGUCCUCAACAAGGUUCCCGCCAGCUGGGCCGGUGGCGAGGGUUUCAUCACCAGGGAGAUCAUCUCUAACCACAUGCACAACGGCGGCGUUGCAUCGGGCUCGAAGGUCCUUCUCUGCGGUCCUCCGCCCAUGAUGACUGCUAUGAAGAACCACCUCAAGGAGAUCGGCUACCCUGCUCCUCGCGCCGUUUCCAAGCUCGAGGACCAGGUCUUCCUCUUCUAGACCUCGAUCGCAGCGGGGCGACGUGUUUAGCUUUCCCCAACACUGAGUGGCGUAAGGCUGAACGGCGACGCGUAUAACAGACGCUGUGAGCCAGGAGCCCGCACCGUGGCGAGCACUCCGCCCAGGCUAGGGCGUAGAAUGAACAUAUACAAUGGAUACCGCAUCAACUUUCGACCUCGCGCAUCUAUGAACUACUAAGCCGCCG